AUGGCAGUGGCUCAGUCUCCCAUUCCCACAACUCUAGAAGGCCCAUUUGAGCCUGCAACGCGGCGUUUCGACCCAUCACUUCGCAGAGGCAGCAAUGACUUACCUAUGGACCAUCCCAGGCUGAAGAAGAAUGUGACUCUGAAUUUCCCAGAACAGAUAGCACUUGCAAUAUCCUCACCUACUUCCAUGUGGGUUUCUUGGGUUACUGGGGACGCUCAGAUUGGGAAAAAUGUGACACCACUUGAUCCUUCCAAGGUUGGGAGUGAGGUGCGCUAUGGAAAAGAAAGUGGGAAGUAUGAGAGUGUGAAGAAUGGGGUUUCAGUUGUUUAUAGCCAAUUGUACCCAUUUGAAGGCCUCUUGAAUUACACCUCUGGCAUCAUUCAUCAUGUGAGGAUUGAUGGUCUUAAACCAGGAACAAAAUAUUAUUACAAAUGUGGGGAUAGCUCUAUCCCUGCUAUGAGUGAAGAGCAUGCCUUUGAAACUUUACCAAUGCCUAGCCAAAGCACAUAUCCUCAUCGAAUAGCUGUCGUUGGAGAUUUGGGGCUCACAAGCAAUACCAGUACAACUGUUGAUCAUUUAAUCCAGAAUGAUCCUUCAAUGAUUUUAAUGGUUGGAGACUUAACCUAUGCAAAUCAGUACCGUACAACUGGUGGGAAAGGAGCUUCAUGCUUUUCAUGUGCAUUCCCAGAUGCCCCUAUCAGAGAAACAUAUCAACCCCGCUGGGACGGGUGGGGAAGGUUCAUGGAGCCUUUGACCUCAAGAGUUCCUAUGAUGGUUAUUGAGGGCAACCAUGAGAUUGAGCCCCAAGUUUCUGGCAUCACUUUCAAAUCCUAUUUGACAAGGUUUGCAGUGCCUUCAGAGGAAUCUGGCUCUAAAAGUAACUUCUAUUACUCUUUUGAUGCUGGAGGAGUACAUUUUAUCAUGUUGGGAGCUUAUGUCGACUACAAUGCUACUGGUGCUCAGUAUGCUUGGCUUAAAGACGAUCUACAUCGCCUAGACCGGACAGUGACCCCAUGGCUGGUGGCUGCAUGGCAUCCACCUUGGUAUAAUAGCUACUCUUCUCAUUAUCAGGAAUUUGAAUGCAUGAGACAAGAAAUGGAAGCCCUACUUUAUCAAUAUGGUGUUGAUAUUGUUUUUUCGGGUCAUGUCCAUGCCUAUGAACGGAUGAAUAGAGUAUAUAACUACACGUUGGAUCGAUGUGGGCCUGUUUACAUAACAGUUGGAGAUGGUGGAAAUAUUGAGCAAGUUGAUGUUGAUUUUGCUGAUGACCCUGGAAAGUGUCCUUCAGCUGGAGACAACACACCAGAGUUUGGAGGGGUUUGUCAUUUGAACUUUUCUUCAGGGCCUGCUAAAGGCAGUUUUUGUUGGAACAAACAGCCAGAGUGGAGUGCAUUUAGAGAAAGCAGUUUUGGACAUGGCAUACUUGAGGUUGUGAAUUCUACAUACGCUCUCUGGACUUGGCACAGAAAUCAAGAUACAUAUAAGGAAGAUAGCCAUGGUGAUCAAAUAUACAUUGUGCGACAACCCGAAUUGUGCUCCCCAUCUGCAAAGCCAUCAGUUUCUCCCUCUGUGCCCUCACUCUCUGCUGCAUUGCACUCUCUGGUGCUCUCUGUCUCCUUGCCACUCUUGGGAAUGUUUUCUCUCCUCUCCUCAUCCAAGUAG